UAAUAAUGAAAGGAAAUGCAGUGUGAUCAUCUAUGGAGUUUGGCCCUUUUUCUCGGUAAUCUCUCUUUCUAUGGCGACCCAUUUACAGGCUUAAGCUUCUCUUCCAUCUCCCCAUCAGCGCAGGCGCAAAACCCAGAAAGAAUCGCAGAAGAAAGAGAGGAUUUUCAUUUUUCUCUGAAAUCAAGAGAAUUAUAAUCACAAGGUCAUUCCCACCACCGCUUGAUCAUUUAAUUUGAUCUUCUCUUCCCUUCCCUUCCCUUCCCUCGUGAAUCCCUCACCUCUCGUCUCAUCUUUCAUCUUCCAUCUUCAACAACUGUUUAAUAAUUUCAUUCCCUAUUCUUUAGGGUUUUAUCCCACCUCAUACAUAGAGUUUCAAUUUAGGACCUGAUUCCAACGAUUCAUGAUUUUGGGUACUGAGGAUAUUAUUUGUUAGCAAAAUUCAUUAGCAUUUCGCUUCUGAUCCGAGAAUGUUGAAAUGAAGAAGGCGCGAUGAUGAUGAAGAAGUGUGCAGAAGAGAAAUGGAGGUUAGAUCUGAGAGUGUUCAAGUGAGACUGGAUAAGGUACCGCCGACGCAGGUUAUACCCAGGACGCGUUUGCAGGUCUGGUUCAUCAGAGUAUGUUCUAGCAUUUUGAUAUGGACUUGUUUGGUUCAGCUUGUCGCUGUCGGAGAGCUUUGGCAUCCCAAGUUUCUAUCCGGAUUCUCAUACACUUUCACCGGAGUCACUAGUAGAGAUUCAUCCAUUCUUGAUAAACACUUACCCUCUCCUCCUCCUCCACCACCUCCACCUCCGCCAUCACCUCCUCCUCCUCCUCCUCCCCUCAGGCCAGAAAGGAACUACAAAAGUAAUGGGUUUCUAAAGGUGUCCUGCAAUGGAGGAUUGAACCAGAUGCGUGCUGCGAUAUGUGAUAUGGUGGCAGUUGCUCGACUUUUGAAUCUCACUUUGGUAGUUCCCGAGCUUGAUAAAACCUCCUUUUGGGCUGAUCCUAGUAAUUUCGAGGACAUUUUUGAUGUGACAUACUUCAUUAAUUCAUUGAGAGAUGAGGUUAGAGUUGUCAGAAGAUUGCCAAAGAAGUUUAAUCGAAAUAAUGACUUUCAGCCUCUGAAAAUGGCCCCCAUAAGCUGGUCGAAUGAAAACUAUUAUCUGCAACAGAUAUUGCCACUUUUCAGUAAACACGAAGUUGUGCAUUUCAACAGAACAGAUACACGUCUAGCCAACAACGGGAUUCAACCAUGGCUUCAAAAACUUAGGUGUCGUGUUAAUUUUGAGGCACUUCGGUUCACUCCUCAAAUAGAGGCUCUAGGAUCCAAGUUGGUUAACAUACUUCAAUCAAAAGGAUCUUUUGUGGCAUUACAUCUUAGAUACGAGAUGGAUAUGCUAGCUUUCUCUGGUUGUGCACACGGUUGUACAAUAGAGGAAACUGAGGAGCUUAAACGUCUGAGGUACGCCUUUCCUUGGUGGCGAGAGAAGGAAAUAGUUUCGGAAGAGAGAAGAUCGCAGGGAUUAUGUCCUCUAACUCCGGAGGAGGCAGCAUUAGCUCUUCAAGCGUUGGGGUUCGAUAAUAGCACGCAAAUAUAUAUAGCGUCUGGUGAAAUUUAUGGGAGCGAAAGGAGACUAUCAGCAUUGAGAAGCGUCUUUCCCUUAAUUGUGAAAAAGGAAAAAUUGCUGGAUCGAGAAGAGUUGAGGAAUUUUCAGAAUCAUUCUUCUCAAAUGGCAGCUCUUGAUUUCAUGGUUUCAGUUGCUAGUGAUAUCUUCAUUCCCUCUUACGAUGGGAAUAUGGCAAGGGUCGUUGAAGGCCACCGCAGGUAUCUAGGAUUUAAGAAAACCAUCAAACUAGACAGGAAAAAGCUUGUGGAGUUGGUUGAUAAGCAUCUAAACGGAACAAUAUUAUGGGAUGAGUUCUCUAUGGCCGUGCGUUCAUCCCACGAGAAAAGGAUGGGGCAGGCUGAUCGUCGAAUAAUCAUCCCAGAAAAGCCUAAAGAAGAAGAUUAUUUCUAUGCAAACCCGUUAGAAUGUUUUUGUGACAGAACAAAUUGCAGUCACCUGUUACCUCCAGAUAAUAAUUCAACCAUCAUUGAAUAAGGGAUUACGACUACAAAUUUUGAGAGCCAUUGACGAUCUUAACAGAGAAAUGACGACGGUGCCAUGUUUGAAAGGUGCAUUUAUCGUCCCUAUAUGAUAACAAGGUUUGCUGCAAAUCGUACAUUAGUUUUUGGACUGAGGUUCACAAUGAAAAGCAGAAUGAAAACAGAAAUUCUUUGCUGGCCUAAGAAUUUGCUUGCUUAUUCAUUCAUUUAUCCCACUGUUGAAAAUGUUUCAUUCUGCAAAUUUUGUUAUGUCUUAUUAAAUACAUUUCUUUUGUAAAGUUCUUCUCUACAUUUGUGAAUGCUAGAGAUCCUAUUUGUGAACUCAUGUUUACUGUUCAAGAUUCAUUGCCCAUUCUGAUGACAUGAAGCUUUGGGAUAAAUAGCUCAAAUUAAAUCUAGAGCUUUGAGUUUUA